AUGCAAAUUAAAAAAACUCUAACUGUUUCAGCCUUAGUAGGAACUUCAAUGGCGGCUGUAGCUCCUAGUCAGCCAUGGACUACUUUAACACCUUCUGGUACAUAUUCUGGAGGAGUUAAAAAUUACUCUUCUAGCUUUGGAAUAUCUGUUGUUCCUAUCGCUACAUCAUUAGGUGUGAAUCAAAAGAAUGUUGUAACUCAAAUUUCUGAUGGCCAAGUUCAAGCUACUACCAAAGCUAGUUCAAAGCCAGUUAUGACUACUGCUGUUGUAUCUCAAAUUUCUGAUGGCCAAAUACAAGUCACAGGUAAACCCUCUGCAGCUGUAGUCUCUCAAAUUUCUGAUGGUCAACCACAGAAUGGUGAUAAAACUAUUACGUUUACUAAGAAAUCAACGACAGUAAUUGCUGUUACUAUGACUGGAAAUCCUGUAACCAAGACUGUUAACGUUGUUACAACUCAACCUGUAUCUCAAGUUGGCGACGGUCAAGUCCAAACUGGUGGUGCUAAAGCAACAGCUGGAGCCUUAUCUCAAAUUGGUGACGGCCAAGUCCAAGAUUGUGGUGCUAAAGCAACAGCUGGUGCUGUAUCUCAGAUUGGCGACGGCCAAGUUCAAGCUGCUGCUAAAACCACUGCUUCUCCUGUUUUCCAAAUUUCUGAUGGCCAAAUCAGAGCUACCCAACCAGCAGUUUCUCAAAUUUCUGAUGGACAAGUACAAGCUACUAAGACGGGAACCUCUAAACCUACCACAACAAAUGCUGCUCAAAAGGCAGCUGCUACAGAAUCAACGAGUCCAAAUGAUCCCGUUCGUGCAGUCGCAUGUAAUUCACCUGGUACUUUAGAUAUAGCAUUAAAGAAUGGUGUCUUAACAGAUUCUAAAGGAAGAAUAGGAUCAAUUGUUUCAAACAGGCAAUUUCAAUUUGAUGGUCCACCACCACAAUCAGGUGCAAUAUAUGCUGCUGGUUGGUCUAUUACACCACAAGGUAAUUUGGCUUUAGGUAGCCAAGAUGUUUUUUAUCAAUGUUUAUCUGGUACUUUUUAUAACUUGUACGAUGAAUCUAUUGGGAAACAAUGUCAGCCAGUUUACUUACAAGCAAUUGAUUUGGUAAAUUGUUAA